AUGUUGCUCAUCUCUGCUGCGCUUCUCUCCUUUGUGGCGGCUUCUCCGUUGAGGAGACAAGCUCAAGUCACCGAAACUCAGCAGGCUUCUUCACCUGUUGCGACGAUCUAUCCCAAAUCGGCCAACGGACAGGGAAUCACAGUGCAUGGUACUAUAAGACCGAACGAGGAUUUUGAUUCAUACAUGGGUAUCCCAUUCGGUCAACCCCCCGUUGGAGAUCUACGAUGGACGCCUUCCCAGCUUUACGACUACAACCAGACCACAUCGAUCAACGGGACCGACUACAGGCAAGCCUGUAUGCAACUAUCGCUCCUUGGCGCAGAUUCUGCUACUCCCGAUAAUCCCGGAGCAGCAGGUGUCUCCGAAGACUGCUUGUUCGUUAAUGUGUUCACUCCCAAGGGUGCAUCGACUUUAGAUGAUAAACUCCCGGUAUGGGUCAGUAUCUACGGCGGUGGUUGCCUUUCUGGUUCCGCUCAAGCUGGUGAUCCAGUCAAUCUGAUGCCCACCGCCAACUCAUUUGGACUGCCUGUCGUCUACGUAACCUUCAAUUAUCGUUUAGGAGGAUUUGGCUUUGUAUCUGGUCCGCAAUUCGCUAAAUCUGGUUCUGGAAAUCUGGGGGUCUCAGAUGUAACAACCGUGUUACAAUGGGUUCAAGAGAAUAUUGGUGCAUUCGGAGCUGAUCCACAGCGAGUCACGAUUCAGGGGCAGUCCGCUGGUGGUAGCCAAGUGUCUUACAAUACCUCCAACCCGAUCAAGAGCUCUUCCAAUACGGUAUCAUCAUGUCCGGUGCACCCAUGCGCUAGGAAAGCUAUAUAUACCACCGACGUGGAGAAUGCUUACACUCAGCUAUUCAAAGAAUUCAACCGAGGCAAUCUUAUCGGUCAGACGAUCGACGGUAGAAUCCUCCCAGCAACGCCAUACUCCCUCCUUGGACAAGGCAGAUAUGCCCAUAGGCCUUUCAUUGUCGGCGAUGUCACAGACGAAGGUACAGCGAUCGCGUCCGCCACCAAUGAGUCCUCCUUCAUCGCAAAUAUCCGAGGAAGUGGUUUGUUCACUCGAUCAAAUGAAACGAUUCAGAAGCUCUUGGAGCUCUAUCCGGAUGAACCAUCGGUGGGAUCUCCUUAUAACACGGGAGACAACCUUUUCAACAAAUCCUCCACCUACAAACGAGCCUCAUCGUACUCCGGUGAUUCAAUGUUCCAAGUUGCUCGACGGAACUGGCUUGAUGUCACCUUCUCUCAAGGAUUCACCCAAGGGUGGAAUUAUGCAUAUUCCCAUGUUCCUGCUGGGCUCAAGCUCGAUGUUUCCCAAGGCGUUUUCCACCGUGCCGAACUGAACUUUACCCGAGGUAGACCCACCGAAGGUCAACCCUGGUGGGAUGAAGAGGAUAUCAACGUUUCCAAGGCAUUGUUGGAAUAUUGGUUGAGAUUCAUUUAUCAAGGUAGCCCUAAUCAGUCGUGGACGGGAAACCCAUUCUUGGCUCAUCAAACAUCACCACUGAUGGGUUCGUUGAGUAGCCAGCAUACGGUGGACCAGCAGAGAGAAACACGAUAA